GCGGCUGGGAUUUUGAGGCCGCCAUGGUGCGCGCCGAGUUCGGCACGUCUCACUCUGGUGCUCAGCCCUUUAGUCCCUUUGGGGAAGCAGGAGUCACUGGCGGAGGUUUUGGUUUCUGCUGGCACGCACGUAACCAGGAAGCCAGGGAGCUACGAGGAGCUCGGUGGCAACACCACCUUAGGAAGCUGCUACGCGUGGUUAACCCAGCCUCCGGGCCUUGAGGAAUGAAAAGUUCCUUCUGCCUCACGUCGCCCCAGGCUUGCCUCUGUCGCCAGGCCCUGGGCAUUUAGGGAGAAAAGGGAGCUGGGGUGCGAGGUGGGGGUGGAGGAGUAGCCAAGGUGAGCUAAGAGGAUAGGUUUUCCCACAGGGUCUGCCCCACCUACUCCCCCAAAUUAAGCAAUUUUAUCAAACCAGACCCUUUCGGGUUUAAAAUACCACAGCCGUACAGGGAAUUAUGUAAAAUGAGCCAACCAUUGUAAGGUGUCCCCCCCCCAGCAGCUAGGUUCUGCGCACUUCUGACUUGCCUGGGGAAAUGUGGCGUGGCCACCUGUUAACCCUGAGCUUGCUGAGACGGGCGAAGGAGGAGGAAACGUGCUUGCCUCCCACUCAUCACGGGGGAGUUCGUGGAUAAACGUCGGGACCAGGCCACCGGCGUUUAUGACCCAUGGGACUUAUCCCCGGGGCAGGACUCACCGUACCUCUGAGCUGCUCUUGGGGGCAAAGCAGGGUUGGGGGUAAAAGAGCUCUUCACACUCUAGCUUGAGACUUUCCUUUUUGUAAAACUUUAGAAACAGAUUUCCUGACAUCGUACCGUAGCCGUUGACCACACAUCUAAUCUCUGGACUCGUUUUUUGGUUGUUUUUUUUUUAAGGGCUUUUUUUCAGAUUGAUCUAGUGAAAAGCUGAAGAUCCAGCCAUAGAUUUAUUUUCUCUAACAUCUUCAAUGAUUCCCUUCUGUCUAUUGAUAACCUUUGAGAGCAGGACUGAAAAAUAGUUUGUUGCUAUGCUUUUACAGGACAAGCUCAGGUGGCCUUUAGUUCUGUUUUUUGUUACAAUUUAUUCUUUAUUUGACAAUAGGAGCCAUAAAAUAAUUUUGCAAUAAUUUAUAUUACUAGACUUACACACUGAUCCAAGGCGUUGACUGAAAGAAAAAUGCACAACAGGAGAGUUGUGAGUUGUUUUACUCAGGGUGUUAACUGAGGACUAUAGCCCCGGAGGCAGCCUUCAGAUAGCUCUGAAGAAACUGCUCCAAAGAGGUCCUGGAGGAGACUAGUUUACAUGUGAUUCUUUUGUUGUUAGGGAGUACAUGCAGUCAGCAUAUAGGUGAAAGGUAAAAGAUCACUGCUAGUCACAAAGAACAAGUAACUGAAGUUAAUGACUGUGGUGCUCUUCUAUGUAUGGAAAGAUGCAAGAAGCCGGAUUCAUUCAAAUACUUCAAAAUACAUCUGUCUAAAGGCCAGUUUGUACAAAGCACAGAGCAUGCCGUUAGCCUUUUCAGUUUCCUCUGUCUGAGGCACAGAGUGCUUCAUCCAGUUGUCACCUUCAUCUCUUUGAAGCACCGAAUGCACUGUUGGUCAGCGACUACAGCAGGUUAACCUUUGAAGACUUGGAUGGAACCUCUGCUGGAAGCUUGUUCCUGAUUGGUGAACGCCUGCUGUAACAGUAGAAUUCCAAAGAGUAAACAGAAAAGCAUAGCAACCAGGGCGUUGGCUGUCUCACUCCCCUCAGCCUAGGCCACCCUGAACUCCUUCAUCCCAAAUGAGGGGGCCUCUACAUUUUAUCUGAAGGCUCUGAUUCUCCAUUCAGCUGUGAUCCACCUUGUAACAUGGCAAUCCACUACAGACGAGAAGAUAAAACUGAACAGCACAGCUGAAAUAAAGUGUAUUCCCAGGUAAAGUGGACAAAUGCUUUCAUUUGAGAUGGACUGGUCUGAUGAGCUUUAGUUACAAGGCAACAGGAAGGGACCAGUGCACAAGAACUGUGUCUAUGGGCAGUGUCACCAGUUCCUCCUACUGGCAGCAGCUGUGGUGGGUGACAUGACUCAGCGGAGUGUGUGAUCUCAGAGCCAGAGAGGACUUGCGAACAGUUCUUAACGUGAACUCCAUGCUGUGGAAACAGACCCGGAGGAGGGCUGUGCCUCUCAUAGCUGUGGAGGGUCCUGGUUUCCUAAGAAACAAUGUUCAGUGUUGGCACCCUGUCCAUAGAAUACCUAUUGUGGAAACAGGAUGAAGUUGACCAGUGAAAAGUUGCCCAAGAACCCCUUUUAUGCCUCUCAAUCCCACUAUGCUGCUAAGAGCCCAAAACUCUUCCAGUGGAGAAAGGAAAAGACUGAUCAUUACAGCCAUGCUGAUUUGGUGGAAAAGGCAUUGCAGCUCUUGAAGGAGAGAAUAAGAAGAGGGGAUGCUCUGGCAUAUUUCCUACAAGGUCAACUGUAUUUUGAAGAGGGCUGGUAUGAAGAAGCAUUAGAACAGUUUGAAGAGAUCAAGGAAAAGGACCAUCAGGCUACUUACCAGCUAGGAGUAAUGUAUUACGACGGCCUGGGGACGACCACAGAUGCUGAAAAAGGAGUGGAAUAUAUGAAGAAAAUUAUUGAUUCUCCAUGUCCCAAAGCAAGACACUUAAAAUUUGCAGCAGCUUACAACCUUGGAAGAGCUUAUUAUGAAGGAAAAGGCGUUAAACGAUCAGAUGAGGAAGCCGAAAGACUGUGGCUUUUUGCUGCCGACAAUGGAAAUCCAAAAGCUAGUGUGAAGGCUCAAAGUAUCCUAGGAUUGUAUUAUUCAACAAAGGAGCCCAAAGAGUUAGAGAAGGCAUUUUAUUGGCAUUCAGAAGCUUGCGGCAAUGGAAACCUGGAGUCCCAGGGUGCACUCGGGCUCAUGUUCUUGUACGGACAAGGCACCCGGCAGGAUACUGAGGCCGCGCUCUGCUGCCUGAGGGAGGCGGCGGAGAGGGGCAACGUCUACGCUCAAGGGAGUCUCGUGGAGUAUUACUAUAAGGUCAAAUUCUUCACCAAGUGUGUCGCGUUUUCCAAAAGGAUUGCUGACUACGAUGAGGUUCACGAUAUCCCUAUGAUAGCGCGGGUCACAGACUGCCUCCCGGAAUUCAUCAGCAGAGGCAUGGCCAUGGCCUCUUUCUACCACGCGCGGUGUCUGCAGCUUGGCUUGGGUAUCACAAAGGAUGAAGCGACAGCUAAACACUAUUAUUCUAAAGCUUGUCAUCUGAAUCCUGCAUUGGCAGAUGAACUUCAUGCUUUACUUAUUCGUCAGAGAAUUUAGACCACAGUGCAUUUCUAACACCUUAGAACGUGUGUAUAAUAGCUAUGUUUGUUUUCUGCUUCCCAAGUUACAUUAUCCUGGGUGUUGUACUGAUGACAUGUUACCUUCACUCUUGAAUUUGUAUCAUGUUGCAACUUGAAACCGAGCUACGAGAUCGAAUGGCAGGAAAAGGCCUCAAAGAUCUGGCUCUUGGCCAAGAGACUGGCUGAGAUCAUGUCAAAUAUUUGAAAACUAUUCCAUAAAGCAAGUAUUUUUUUCUAUUCUUAGUGUCCUUAAAGACAGUGCAGUAUAAAUGCUACAAACUUACCCAAAAAAGUCUGAAAGUUUAAUUCUUUAAACUUCUUUAACCCUUAGUUUUGUGAAUUUUCAAUAUUUUAAAAUUUUAGUUAUCUAAAACUUUAAAAUCUAGAAUUCACAAAACUGAAUAAAGGUCAAAAAGAUCUAAAAUUUUGAAAUGUUUUUAAAAAGUUUCUAUAUAGCAUUUAUACCUCUGAAGUUAUUAAAACUAAGACCACACUAAGUCUUUUGGGACAGCUUGUAUUCUUAAAUUAGCCAUUUAUUUGUAAGACUCUCUUAUAAAUUUCAAAAUUAGUGGGUUUAAGAAAUUACUCAGAAUCUUGCCCCUCCAUAUCUUAAAAGAUCUUAAUAAGUAAAACUGCUGUAGUCCUGAUCAUUGAAACAAGAUGUUUCUUUGUGCUUCAACUCCUUUUCUACAUUUUAAAAACCCUCAAUGUAUUUCAAAGCAAGAUAAAAUGUGGAAAAAAAUCUCGAAUUAUGUACCAAUGUAAGAACUG